AAUAUAGCACCGGUAAAACCUUUCACCAUUACACAUUACACAACACGUUUGCUGAACAUAUUAUUCGUUAGGAUUUUUAUGCUACUUCUUAUGGAGUCUUAUUCCCUGACUAAAAUACCAUCCUGUAAGCCAAUAAUUAUUUCAAUAAAAGUUAAAGGCUGUGACCAUACCAGUAUUGAUGCUGAUAACAAGACAUUAAAGGAAACAUUCGAACAGCUUGGAUAUGCCGAACCUGAAGUUUUCAAUCAGGACAGCGACAGAGAUAGAAUUUUAAAUCAAUUGUUAAAUAUACGUGAAAAAUCAGAAUUUACAGUAGAUAGAGAUUUUUUAUUAUGCGUCAUAAUCAGUUGCUGCGGUCGUGUAAAUGGCUGUUUUCAGGACGUCAAUGGCGUUGAUAUUUCAGUUGAUGAAGUUAUUCAUAUCUUUAAUACAGAAAACUGUAUAGGACUGAAGGGUAAACCCAAGAUAUUUAUUCUACAGACGGAUGAUUUGAGUAUUGACCAAAUGAGUCUUGGUAAUUUUGGAGAUAUAUUAGAAGAAGUAACAAGACUGCCAAGACAGGCGGACAGUUUGAUUUAUCAUUGUAGUAUCCCAGGUUCUAUUGAAACAUUACCUUGGUCAGAUUCGGUUAAACCGGAGAACAAAUGGAACAUCGCACAAGGUUCUAAAUUUAUACACACAUUCUGUAAUGAAAUAAGAAAGGAACGAGGUAUUGAUAUACAUAAAUUAACAUUGAAAGUAAAUGCUUCUAUGAAAGAGUAUGUGGAUGACAUUAAUAGCCGGAAACUUCAAGACCAGAAAAAAGAGCUAAACAAAAAUCUAGAGCUCCCGAUCUGCACAUCACAGUUACUUCGACAAUUUACACUUUGUCAAAUACAGAAGGAAACAGAAGUAUAAUUAUGGUGAAACUAGAUCUUUCGAUUAAUCAUGUAAUUGUAUAGUUUGACAUGGAGAAAAUAUGUCUUAGAAAAUUUUCAACUUGCUAUCAGAAGAAAACAAACUUUCAUUUUCAUUUUUUUGUUUUAAACAUAUCUUUUUCAACCAUUUCAUAAAGGCACCAUUCUGAAAAGUAUGAUUUUAAAUAUAAUUUUGUAUUAUCUGCAAAUGAAUAAAUCACUUUGACGAUUUC